UAUUGACUCUGGAAACCUCUGGAGAACUCUUAGAGACUCCAGUAGCACCAUGGGUUUAAGAAGACUCUGGAAUAAAUCCCAUUGCCAGGAAAACUUCUUAUCUGCUCUUGGAAUAGAUGUAAAUCAAAAGGAUGUUUCAGGAGACAGCAAAGAUGAUUUGGAGGAGACAAACAUUAAAGUAAAUGAAAACUCAGAGGAUGAUGGAUUCAAUAUUAGUAACUGUAAAACACUAAUUCAAACCAAGCUAUCUGUAUCACCAGAUUCCAAACAUGGUAAUUUCUUUACUUAUAACCUGUUUUUGAAGAAGACACCAUCAAAUGGAAAUAUGCAAUUUAAAAGAGUACCAGGAAAGACCAGAAUUUUCAGUGCACACAAUCUAAAAAUGAAAAUUUUCAAUAGUGAUGUUUGUUAAAGUACAGGUACCUAUUUUUCCUUCAUUUAAAGUGCAGUUUACUUUCAUUUUGUUGCUGGAUUGGUACUGAAGUCUAGAGGGGUUUUUUUGGUGGGGGGAAAAAUCGUACCACUGUUAUAAAUGUAACACCUACAGCAAUUUUCUUACUAAAAAUACUUUUUGUAAUGGGUUUUAGAUUCUAGUUUUGUGCUAGUAAAUUUGGUGGCAGUCAUGGCAAAUUAUGAAGUGAUAUCUUUUAUGGUAAUCCGCUAGAACCAAGUGUUACAUUAAAAAGCAUUUGGUCGUCGCUCUGUGACCUUUUAACUACUGCUCCCUUUUGGAUAUAAAUGGAUCUUUUAAAUUCAAACUCCAUCCUACCCCCAAAAAAUCUAAACACAUCUUAGGUGUGUUGUAAGGUGUGCCUUGGUGUUACCGUCUCUUUUCCUUCACUUGAUUUGUUUUGGAGCAUCCAUAGAUCUGAUACUUUGUAUUGCUGCUGAUCCCCUCCUCUGAGAAGCCCCCUCUACCUCCACUACACACACUUUGACUUUCACAUAAUUUUCUGUGUAUAACUAUGGCUCUGUACAGUUUUAUCUCCAUUGCUCAAUGGCAUUUUUACUGAGUACUGACCUAACACAAUUUAACCAGUCAGCCUGGAUGGAGUCACUGUUAUAAUCAGGUUCAGAAACUCUGCUUGUAUUGUACUGUAAUAGGAUAGCUUUCGAAUGAGAUUGUAUUAACAUGACUUUAGAAACAUUCAGCCCCCAACCAUUUUAAACUGCAUAGUCCUGGCUGUAAAUCUGUUAGAAGCCAAUUGUGCAGUCAAGGCCUUAUAUUUUGCAGUGAUGUAGGCUGCUAUUUUAAGACUUCACAUUUCAUACUAAUGACUAGUUUGCCCACUGUUCUGCAUGUACAAGUACCAAGUCAGGUACACUUCGUAUUUAAUAUCAGCCACAGAAUUUAUGACUUGUUCAUUACAAACAUUCAUCUUCACUAAGUGUAUGGUACAUUGCUCCUUAUCAAGAACUUUAUAUGCAGGUUAUAUCAAUAUUUUUGUUACUUUGUCCCUUAUGAAUGUGAAAACUUUGUGUGAUUGUUUCCAUUUUAACAAGCCAGAUAAGUCUGUACUGUGACUUUAUGAAGAUAACUUUUCAGCAUUAUAACAUGAGGUUUUGUACAUGUUAAAGUAUAUUGUAUAUAGUUGAAUUGUACAGGCACGUGACAGAGAAACUGGAUAAUCUGACAUUAAAUGUUUUAAAUGUUAAUUUAAA